GUGAAUCGUAUCGCAUUGUAUCGACGGGAGCUUCAGUGUAUCGUAACUGUAUCGUAUCGGUGUCAGCGCAUCGAGAUGCAUACCGAAUCGGCCUCAGUGGUGGAGAUAUACAACCCUAGUGUACAUGUUCAUCAAGAAGGAGAUCAGGUCUGGUGUUAAUUAGUCCACAUUUUAAGAAAUUAAUUAUUUUAAAUAUAUUCAUAAAUUAUGAAGUUUUUUCACUCUAGACAUGGUGACGGCCCUCAAAUCAUUAGUGUCGUAUUAGAAAAAAUAAACAUGAGAAUCUAAAUUUAUUUAUCACCUCCACACAUUUUUGGAUUUGAAAGAUGAAUAUCAGCUUUCUGAUUGGCCACGUAAUUACUCCUAAUUAUCCAUUUUCAUGAUCAUCCAUGAAAUUCCUGAUGAUGUUCCUGUAGUUUUCUGUCUUUGUCAGUUAAAUAUUCAGCAGCUUCAUCUUUCAUGAGUCUCUGACUGAACUUCUUCAGGCUGACAAUCAAAUGUGGGCCAGCUUCUCUUUCCUGUCCUGAGUGCAUGAGCUGAGUCUGUGAGAUGAGUUUUCAGUCCAGCCUGGUAACAAGGCUCAGUGUCAGCAGCAUUACACAUAGACAGACAUCAGUAUAACAUGACACAACAAAUCAUAAUUCACUGUGUUCAUCAGCUGGGAGAGAAAACUGCUUGUUCAGGAACAUGUUGCAUUCAGGGCACAGCUAUAUUCUGGUAUAUUUUAGUGUCCCAGUAGUUCCAGUUUGAGCCUUUAAUGCCGAACCAUCAAUAAAAUUCACCGAGCAAAGAGUUGAGUUUUCAGAAACAUGAGUUGUUGCAGUGGCGCCAACUUUAAAUCACUUUAGCUGGAAUGGAAACUGAUGAUUAUUACAGCAAAACCCAUUUUAAUUCAGUCUGUUCAUGAACACAUCAGGUUAAACAGCUGAUCUGUGAGCAGCACACACACACACACACACACACACACACACACACACACAGGUAGGCUGGGAGGUGACUUCCUGUAAAUGACGAGGGGAGGAGCAACACUGAUCCAGGUGAUCGAGGCUCAUGAGAACAGGGAGGGAAUCCUGAAAGAGAAACUAAAGUCAAAGAGUUCAGACUCCAUGUUGAGUGAACAGAGCAGACGGAGGAGAAGUGAAGCUGAAGCAGACUGACCUCAGAUCAGAAGAUGAUGGAGGAAGAGGAGGACAGAGCUGAGUCUUCAGCAUCCAGCUGUCUGUCUAUGAAGAGUGACCGGUCCAAAGGUCGUCCUCCAGACUUCAGCCAUGAACCUGGACCCUCAGACACAAAAGUUCAGUACAGCAGACAGAGAGCAGAGUCUCCAGCAUCCAGCUGUCUGUCUAUGAAGAGUGACCGGUCCAAUGAUGAACCUCUGAACUUCAGCCAAGAACCUGGACCCCCAGACACAAAAGAGAGGAAGAGGAGUCAUGUUUCUGUGGAGGAGCAGCCGUCCUGCUGUGUUUUGUGUCAGGACGUCCUGAGGGAUCCAGUCUCUACCAGCUGUGGACACUGGUUCUGCAGACAGUGCAUCACCUCAUACUGGGACCAGUCUGCUUCAUCAGGAGACUCCUCCUGUCCCCGGUGUGGAGACAGAUCCAGAACGAGAGCUGGACUGCAGACAGCCAGUCAGACCUGUACUGUGCAAAUGACUGGUGAUCUUCAGGAAGUUUUAGAUGAAUAUAAGAUCAGUCUGAGGAGGAGAUGUGAAUGUGUAACUGAAGGAAGUGAUGAACCAGGAAGUGGAACCCUCCUCAACAGGAUCUACACUGAGCUCUACAUCACAGAGGGACAGAGUGAAGAGGUUAAUACCCAACAUGAGGUGAGGCAGCUUGAGACAACUUCCAAGAUGGAGACCCUCCAUGAGACUCCAAUCAAGUGCCAGGACAUCUUUAAAGCCUUACCUGACCAGCGGAGACACAUCAGAGUCGUUCUGACGAACGGCGUCGCUGGCGUUGGAAAAACCUUCUCAGUGCAGAAGUUCAGUCUGGACUGGGCAGAGGGCUUGGAAAACCAAGACGUCAGCCUGGUGGUUCUGCUUUCGUUCAGGGAGCUGAACUUGAUCAAAGAUGAGCAGUACAGUCUUCUGACGCUGCUCCAUGUUUUCCAUCCAACAUUAAAGAAGGUGACAGCAGAGAAGCUCGCUGUCUGUAAGCUUUUGUUCAUCUUUGACGGCCUGGAUGAAAGCAGACUUUCACUGGAUUUCCACAACAAUGAGGUUUUGUCUGAUGUCUCGCAGAAGUCAUCAGUCAACGUGCUGUUGACAAACCUCAUCAAGGGGAAUCUGCUUCCCUCGGCUCUCGUCUGGAUAACUUCCAGACCCGCGGCGGCCAAUCAGAUCCCUCCUACAUGUGUUGACAGGGUAACAGAAGUACGAGGCUUCACUGAUGCCCAGAAGGAGGAGUACUUCAAGAGGAGAUUCAGUGAUGAAGAUCUGUCCAGCAGAAUCAUCUCACACAUCAAGACGUCCAGGAGCCUCCACAUCAUGUGUCAAAUCCCAGUCUUCUGCUGGAUCACUGCUACAGUUCUGGUUCACAUGUUGACUUUAGACCAGAGAGAAGAGCUGCCCAAGACCCUGACUGACAUGUACUCCCACUUCCUGCUGGUUCAGACAAAGAGGAAGAAGCAGAAGUAUGAUGAGGGACAUGAGACGAAUCCACAGGAGCUGAUGGAGGCUGACAGGGAAGUUCUUCUGAAGCUGGGGAGGCUGGCGUUCGAACAUCUGGAGAAAGGAAACAUCAUGUUCUACCAAGAAGACCUGGAGCAGUGUGGUCUUGAUGUCACUGAGGCCUCUGUGUACUCUGGAGUUUGUACAGAGAUCUUCAAAAGAGAGUGUGUGAUCUUCCAGAAAACAGUUUACUGCUUUGUUCAUCUGAGCAUUCAGGAGUUUCUGGCUGCAGUCUACAUGUUCCACUGUUACACCAGCAGGAACACAGCGGUACUGGAGGGUUUCCUUAAAGACUGGAAACCCAUCGACUCAAAGCCAAGUUGUUUUUUGAAGAACAUUAAAUAUUUUCGAAACAUUGUUAGCCACCACCCAUCCCUGGAUGUCUUUCUGAGGAGCAACAUGGAGAAAUCUCUUGAAAGUAAAAAUGGCCACCUGGACCUGUUUGUUCGCUUCCUUCAUGGCCUCUCUCUGAAGUCCAACCAGAGACUCUUAGGAGGCCUGCUGGGUCAAAGAAAAAACAAGUCAGAAAUCAUCCAGAGAGCCAUCAACAACCUGAAGGAGAUGAACAGUGAUGAUAUCUCUCCUGACAGAAGCAUCAACAUCUUCCACUGUCUGAUGGAGAUGAACGACCGCUCAGUACAUCAGGAGAUCCAAGAGUUCCUGAAGUCAGACAACAGAUCAAAGAAGAAACUCUCUGUGUUCCAGUGCUCAGCUCUGGCCUACAUGCUGCAGCUGUCAGAGGAGGUUCUGGAUGAGUUGGACCUGAAGAAGUACAACACAUCAGAGGAGGGACGAUGGAGACUGAUUCCAGCUGUGAGGAAAUGUAGAAAGGCUGUGUAA